AUGACACCCUCAAUUCUGGUGGAUCAAACUGUUGCGGUGCCCGCGACCAAGUCGUUGGACCGUACCGUCAUCACACCCUCACAUCCCAACCCCUCCUUACAAGUGACUGCAGACCACAAGCUAAAAUCUGUGGAUGCACCUGUGUAUGCGCCGUGUCCGGGAGAAGCACUGGUCCAUAUCAAAGCGACCGGUAUCUGUGGAUCAGAUAUUCAUUUCUGGAAGACCGGACGCAUCGGAUCUUUGGUGUUUGAAGGAGACUGUAUUAUUGGCCAUGAAGCCUCGGGAAUUGUACUGCAGUGUGGUGAUGGUGUCACCAACUUGAAGCCAGGUGACCAUGUGGCCGUUGAACCUGGUGUUCCAUGUGAAGAAUGUUUCCUCUGUGGCGACGGAAGAUACAAUUUAUGCGAAGACGUUCAGUUCGCAGGUGUUUAUCCAUAUGCUGGUACAAUGCAACGAUACAAAGUGCACCCCGCAAAAUGGCUGCACAAACUCCCAGACAAUGUUAGCUUUGCAGAAGGUGCCCUUCUUGAACCCCUCUCCGUUGUUAUGAAUGGCAUCAAGACCGCAGAAUUAAGUCUUGGUCGGGGUGUUGUUGUUUGUGGUGCUGGGCCAAUUGGGCUGAUUGCAUUGGCUGCAGCCCGUGCUUCUGGUGCUCAUCCUAUUGUCAUCACUGACUUGGAACCCACACGCCUGGCCUUUGCGAAGGAUUUCGUUCCUUCUUGCAUCACAUACCAAGUAGACCGAACAAAGGAUGCCCAUGGUAAUGCCCAGGCUAUCCGAGCCCUGUUUGGAACAUCCGAGUACGUGGCACCGGAGACCGUACUUGAGUGCACGGGUGUGGAAAGUAGCGUCUGCACAGCUGCAUAUACUGCGCGGCGCGGUGGGACCGUGAUGGUCAUUGGGGUAGGAAAGGCCAUAAUGAACAACCUACCCUUUAUGCAUCUUUCUCUCGCAGAGAUCGAUCUACGAUUCAUUAAUCGCUACCGUGAUACAUGGCCACCAGCCAUUGCAUGCCUUAGUGGCGGGAUUCUCGAUCUAAAGAAACUAGUCUCUCAUGUCUUCCCCUUGGAGAGAGCUCAGGAGGCUCUCAAUUUGUGUGCUGAUCCCCGGAAUGGCAGCAUUAAAAUAUUGAUUGUGGAUGACCAGGAGGCCUCGCUGUAA